AUGCCUCUCUUUCCCUCGGUCUACGCUGAGAGUAUGGAGGAGCGCGUCACGCAGUGGACACCACAGGGCCAUGGCAGUCGGACAAAGGACAUGCUGGCAGACGACGACCUAUUAGCGAAGCUAUCUGUGGCUGUCGACGAAGAGGAUGAAGAGGUCUCGCGCAUCGUGCCUGCAUCCACUCCAAGCACUGCUACAUCCACCCCAACGCCCCCAUAUCACAGUGCAGGACCGAAGCAGCGUGCGAAGUCAAGCAUGACCAUGGCACCGACAGCUGAAGAAACAGCUCCAGACGACCACCCCACCCGCCCAGAUUCGGUAUGUGGUGUUGCGAGCGCACGCGGGCCAGGCAAUGCGAAUGUGCGCUGGCGCAUGGCCACUGACAAUCAGCGCCCUGCCUCGUCUGCGUACUCUGCCCGAGCGCCACGAAAAGGCAAUGGGAAGAACGCUUUGCCACCGAUGAGCUCUGCUUCGCCAAAGAGUGAAGCUCGUCCGACACAUUCAAACACACAAGACACACCCACACAGUCCACGGUCUCCAAGUCAUCCCAGGCAUCUCCUGUGGUUCAGCCGUCGAAAAGACGGCUCCAGCAACAGCCUUCCCAACAGUCAAGCAGCAACGCUUCCUUCUCGGAUGGCCAGCGCAAGAAGCCACAGCAUCUGCCCCAGGACCCCGCCUUGCAAGCAGUGGCACGAAAGCUGAACAAAGCCUUGGUCGCCCAUGCUCAGAAGCGACAGUCGGAUGGGCCACCAAGCUGGGCACGAUUCUUUAUGGAGGCUGACACGGAUGGGAGUGGCAUGAUCUCCUUCGAAGAAUUGGACAUCGCGGGCCUAGGCCAGAUGGUCCUCAUUGAGGAGCAUGAGGACCCAGAGCUUCCGAUGCCCGCCACCCUGCAUGAGCUGAUCAGCUCCGACGACGACGACGGCAACGGCAGACCCGGAAGAGAUGAGCAGCCACAGCCCCACGCAACAGCUCAAGAAGGUGCCCUCGCUGAGCUACAGCCCGAGGCCUUCUGUCACAGUGAAGAGCUUCGACAGGCGCUGGACCACCUGGCACGAGCCCAACGGGUCCUUUGCACGAUUACCUCAGACGUAGUUGUGGAUGGUCUAGAACGUCUACACGCGGUUAAGCGGACGCUGCAGGAAGACCUUGAGAUGGCAACCUCCGUCACAGUCAACGACCGGUUGCAGGUCCUUCUGAAGUUGCACGCCCAGGCACUCGAAGAGUGCAGGUGCGCAGACGAGAAGUGCGAGGCCGAGCAACCGGAAAUCUUGAUGUUGCGGAGAAGCAUCGCCGAAACCAGCCGUCGAAUGCCCAGGAUCCGAGAAAAUCCUGACGUUGGCGAGACAUCUCUGCAGGAAGCGCCACAGCAUUCUGCAGUGCCGAGGUCUGGCCGUCUGGCAGCUCUGCAACAGGCCUUGGCACUCCGAUCAAGGCAGGCGCAGAUCGCUAAAGGAUCUCUCCUUUCAGAGGACAAGCUCCUCUCUGCAGAGCUGAAUGUGGCAAAGAAUGCGUUGAAGGAGGCGGUCAUGGAGGGUCAGCGUCUCGAAGAAAUGAAGGACGAGGCAGAAGCAGAGGUGUUUCGUGCUUGCCGGGCGCUCGCCAGUGUGGAAGACAAAGGCGAAGGUGAUGGUGAGUCAGUGAAGAACAUUCCGCGAAAUGUGUAUCAGAAGGCUCGAGAGGUCGAAGCCUUUGUGGCGAAGGGCCCUGCGGCGCCCUGGCGACUCAGUGCCUUGCACCAGCCAUCUGGGACUGGUUCUAUCGGAACCACGGCCGCGUUGCUGGACCCGGAGGCUUAUCGGCUGAAUCGGGAGAAGGCCACAGCUCAGGCGGACAAAGAUUUGGAGGCCAUGAUCGAGGCGUACGUUGCAGAAAAGGAACAGAUACAGCGUGCCGUUCACGAAGAGGUUCAGCGGCAAAAGGACGAGGAAGCUCACUUCGCUGCGGAGCUCCAGAGCCUGCGUGAGCACAUCAAGGAGCGCCGUCACGGCAUCGACACCGCCCUGGCUGCCCAGAGUUCCGAGAAAGAUCAGCGGUUGCUUGAGGCCCAGCGGCAGCUCACCUUGGAGUUGCGGCAGAUCGAGUCCCAGGAGCGCAGCAACCAGUUACAUGGACAGACCAGGGUCCAAAGGGUCCAAGGGCUGCUCCUUUGCAUGAAGUCUUUUGAUGCCUUCGCGAGACCGGUACAAGAGUUCCAAGUGAAGACGGCAGUGGGAGGCUACAUCUCCAUCGGAUCUAUCUGCUUAGUAGCUGCGCUUUUUCUUUCUGAGCUGCGCUACUUCUUGACGCUGGAGACAAAGGAUGAAAUGCUAAUUGACCAGAGCCAGGAGCGCAAGUACUUGAACAUGUCCUUGGACGUUACCUUUUCUUCCUUGCCGUGCUCGGUGUUGGGUGUAAAUCUUCUGGACCCAAAGCAGAACAACGUAAUGCAUGUCGCACAUGAGAUCUUCAAGGAGCGGUUGACAUCAACAGGAGAAGUGAUUGGCAAGCCCAUCCGCGACGGUCUCCAAAACGUGGCCAUGACGCCCGCAGACUUGGCGACGGUCUUCCGAGACCAGCAAGUCAAAGCGAAUCACUCUUCCACACACUUCCGGUGUCCUUCUUGCUUUCAGAGCCUAUUCGAUGAGGAUUCUUGCUGCAAUUCCUGCAAGGAGGUUCGGGAGGCUUUUCUGAAUCAUGGAUGGGAUGACCGACCCGAUGACUACGUAUUUUAUCAGUGCAUAGAUGAGGCAUACCAGCGGACAGCUGCUCAGAUAGGUGAAGGCUGCCGUCUGAAGGCACACCUGCACGUUCGGAAAGUCCCUGCCACGCUGCACAUCGGCAUAAGCCAACGCAUAAGACGAGAUUUGGUACGUGCGACCAGCGUGGCAGAGCUGACAGUUGGUGCCGAUUUCACGCACCACAUCCACAGUCUUUCCUUCGGCCCAGACUUUCCAGGCCUGGUUCGGGUGCUCGACGGCAGACAGAAGUCGAGCCAUCAGCCACCUAUGUCCGAGCACUAUCAGUACGAUGUCCAUGUCAUACCAACUCGAUACCUCGAGGAUGGGUCUGACGAGAUUGCCGGGCACCAGUAUAGUGUCACGGAGUAUGUGAAAACUGUGGAUGCGACACAUCCUGGUCACGAAGUUGCGACAACAGGGAUUUGGAUGAGCUAUGAUUUCACCCCGUUUGAGGAGGCGUUGAGGCAGGAAGUACGCAAAGCUCGUCAGCGACUUGCCCAGGCGGCUGCGUGCGCAAAGCAGCAGCUCGAUCUUCGGCUCGCGAAGGUCCGCACGGACUGCUGCGAGAUGCUUCGCUCUACGGCGAUGCAAUGGGAGAGGGCUGUUGUGCGGGAGCGACAGGCAUUGCAGGAGGCGAAAGAGCGCCGUGAACACUGGCAAAAGCGGUUGAAAUCCUCCAAAGAUGCCUUCCGAGGCCACUGCGUGAAGACCGGAGUGUAUGCUCGCACCCUGGAUUCGACUCGACGCCGUAUUCUGGACUCCCUGGUUCCCAGAGCCAAGGUCGGUGACGUGUACUCUUGGGAUCCGAAGUCCUGA